AUGCUUGAAGAUGAUAUAAAACAAGCUAAAUCUUUCUUUUUUGAGGUUUUUGAAGUAGGUUUAAAAUAUGAAGAAGUAAUAGACAAGUGUUUGCUUCAUAAUUCUACACCAGUUUCUAUAUUGUCAAGUGAAGAAGACGAUUUUGUAAGAGGUAUAGCUAAAAGCAAAGAUUACUGGCUUGGAGCAUAUAGGACUGAACAUGAUUGGGCAUGGCUUGAUCCACCCACAGCUGUGGCUUAUACAAACUGGUAUGGCAUAGGUGAACCAAAAUCUUUUGAUAAAUGUAUUUCUGCUCCGAUCGACUGCGAACCAGAGUGGCAGAAACUGUCACCUUACUGUUACUUCUACGGCAACGAUGUGACUUCUCGUGACGGUGCUAAAGCGAAAUGUAUGGCGAAAGACGGAAGCUAUUUGACGUCUCUUUUGACAGAGAAGGAAGAACAGUUUGUGAAAAAUAUGACUGGUGCAAAGCCGUUUUGGAUUGGUCUAAUGUACUCAAACGGGCGAUGGAUGUGGGAUGACGAUAUUCAACGCUUGAAAUACGCCAACUGGGCUAAUAUAUUAGACGUGGAUGCAGCGGGAAAAUCGAGUACAGCGUAUGUAUAUGCGAACCCAAAAUGGCGUGUUACAACAUUAGGCAAAGAAAAUUAUGGUUACGUCUGUAAAAAACUUGGUUUUCGUCCUAGACCUCCAGAGGAAGCAUCGAGAGCUCAGCGAAGUAGAAGUGGUUUUUCUCAAUGGAUGAUUGAUGUUGACAAGGAAAGCAGCGGUAUGGUAUUGAUUACCACUAUUGUAAUUGUAGCAGUCUUGUUCAGCGGUGUUACCUUAGUUUGUUUGUUAACAACGCUAUUCAAAGCAGAAAAAAUGGUUCCGAUUUACGCCGAAGUCCGUGAUGGCAAUGUGUACUAUAACAGACCUUACACUGAAAGGCCGCACCAGUAUUACGUUUCAGUUCCUCCGGAGUAUGAAGAAGUAAUCGUUGAAAAAACUGCUGACUUAAAGACGCUUCCCGAUGACAUUCCACCGUUAACGCGUACUCCGUACCCGGCGCCAUUAUAA